AUGACAGCCAGAGGGGAGCGCUUUCUCAGACAAAGGCAAGUCCUACUUCUCUUUAUUUUUCUGGGUGGGUCUCUGGCAGUGUCCGACUCCGGUCGCUAUUCAGUGGCUGAGGAAAAAGAGAGGGGCUUUUUAAUAGCCAACCUAGCAAAGGAUCUGGGGCUGAGGGCAGGAGAACUGGCCGCGAGGAGGGCCCAAGUUGUGUCCAAAGGGAGCAAACGCCAUUUUCAGCUCAACCAUCAGACCGGUGAUUUGCUCUUGAAUGAGAAAUUGGACCGGGAGGAGCUGUGCGGCCUCACAGAGCCAUGUAUACUGGAUUUUCAGGUAUUGCUGCAAAACCCUUUGCAGCUGUUUACCAAUGAGCUCCAGGUCUUAGAUGUAAACGACCAUUCUCCCGUAUUCCUUGAAAAGGAAAUGCAGCUGAAAAUCCUAGAAAGCACUCCACUGGGAACAAAAUUUCCUUUGGAAAAUGCUGAGGACUUGGAUGUGGGAAGAAACAGUCUCCAAAACUACACGAUCGUGCCUAAUUCCCCUUUCCACGUUCUUACACGUAGUCGUAGGGACGGAAGGAAAUACCCAGAACUAGUGCUGGACAAAGCACUGGAUCGCGAGGAGCAGCCGGAGUUCAGUUUAAAGCUCACAGCGUUGGAUGGCGGAUCUCCUCCGCGGUCUGGGACAGCCCAGAUCAACGUCGUGGUCUUAGACAUAAAUGACAACGCCCCCGAAUUUACACAGUCUCUCUAUGAGGUUCAAAUUCUAGAGAACAGUCCCCUUAACUCUGUCAUUGUCACUGUCUCAGCUACUGAUCUAGAUACAGGAAAUUUUGGGACAAUAGCAUAUGCAUUUGCUCCUGCUUCUGAAGAAAUCCGCAAAACUUUUCAACUAAAUCCAAUUACUGGUGAUAUCCAAUUAGUCAAAUAUUUGGAUUUUGAGGUGAUUAAUACUUACGAAGUUGAUGUAGAGGCCAAGGAUGGCGGAGGCCUUUCUGGAAAAUCAACAGUCAUAAUUCAGGUGUUGGAUGUGAACGACAACCCACCAGAACUGACCUUAUCGUCAAUUAACAGCCCCAUCCCAGAGAAUUCACUGGAGACGGUGGUAGCUAUUUUCAGAAUUUCUGAUCUAGAUUCUGGAGACAAUGGGAGGAUGAUGUGUUCCAUCCAGGAUGAUCUUCCCUUCAUCCUGAAGCCAUCCAUAGAGAAUUUUUACACUCUGGUGUCAAAAGGAGUGCUGGACAGAGAGAAGAGGGCCCAGUACAAUGUCACUAUCACUGUCACUGACUUGGGUACUCCCAGGCUGAAAACACAACACAACAUAACGGUGACGGUUUCAGAUGUCAAUGACAAUGCUCCAACUUUCACCCAAACCUCCUACACCCUGUUCAUCCGAGAAAACAAUAGUCCCGCCCUACACGUGGGCAGCGUCAGCGCCAUAGAUAGGGACUCUGGCACCAACGCCCUAGUCACUUACUCACUGCUGCCGCCCCAGGACCCACACCUAGCUCUCGCCUCCUUGGUCUCCAUCAACGCCCACAACGGGCACCUGUUCGCUCUGAGGUCGCUGGAUUACGAGGCCCUGCGAGCGUUCGAGUUCCGCGUGGGCGCGGUCGACGCAGGCUCCCCGGCGCUGAGCAGCGAGGCCCUGGUGCGCGUGGUGGUCGUGGACGAAAACGACAACUCGCCCUUCGUGCUGUACCCGCUGCAGAACGGCUCUGCGCCCUGCACCGAGCUGGUGCCCAGGGCGGCCGACGCGGGCUACCUCGUGACCAAGGUGGUGGCAGUGGACAGUGACUCAGGCCAGAAUGCCUGGUUGUCCUACCAGCUGCUCAAGGCCACGGAGCCCGGGCUGUUCAGCGUGUGGGCGCACAAUGGCGAGGUGCGCACCGCCAGGCUUCUGAGCGAGAGCGACGCGACCAAGCACAGACUCGUCGUGCUGGUGAAGGACAAUGGUGAGCCGCCAAUGUCGGCCACCGUCACGCUGCACGUGCUCUUGGUAGAUGGCUUCUCCCAGCCUUACCUGCCGCUCCUGGAGGUGGCCCGGGAAGAGGCCCAGGCCGACUGGCUCACAGUCUAUUUGGUCAUUGCGUUGGCAUCAGUAUCGUCGCUCUUCCUGUUCUCUGUGCUCCUAUUUGUCGCGAUGCGUCUGUGCAGAAGGAACAGGGCCUCUUCGGUGGGUUGUUGUCAGAUACGUGAGAACCACUGUCAGGGCCACUUGGUAGAAGUCAGCGGCACCGGGACCCUAUCCCAGAGCUACCAGUAUGAGGUGUGUCUGACCGGAGGCUCCGGAAUAAAUGAAUUCAAAUUCCUGAAGCCAAUUAUUCCCAGUGGGCUGGUUCAAGAGGCUGAGCAAGACUAG